GAACUCAGCACCGUCAGUGGGAGUAUAUAACAACCACCACCCACUCGGCAGAAUUAUCUCUGAAUCACUAAAUAAACCCUCUCUUCUUUCUUUUCUCUUUCAAAUCCACUCACUAAGAGAGAGUGUGAGUGAGGGCGCGCAUUCCCCCUCAUUAAUGCCUCCCUUCAACAAAGCGUGAUAGAAAGAGAGUGAUAAAGAGUCAUAACUCUUUUAAUCCCUCAAAAUCGAACUUGUGUUUUGUUCUCUGCACAGAGAUGGAUCUCAGCAAGGUAACUCUUGACAUUUUCACUAAGCUUGAACAGAAAUGGCUCUCCCCCAGGAAGACCCGCAUCCUUAGCAUCGACGGUGGUGGUACCACCCCCGUUGUCGCUGGAGCUUCCAUCCUUCACCUGGAAGACCAGAUCCGCCUCCAGACCGGUGAUCCUCACGCUCAGAUCUCCGAUUUCUUCGACAUUGUCGCCGGAACCGGAAUCGGAGGCAUUCUCGCCGCCCUUCUCGUAGCCGACGACGGCUCCGGGAAGCCAAUGUUCACCGCCAGAGACGCUGUUAGGUUUAUCUCCGAGAAGAACUCCGAGCUCUUCGAGAUCAGGCACACGGGAGUCUUCAGGAGAAACCGGAGAUGCUCCGCCGGCAGCAUGGACAGGGCUCUGGAGGCGGCGUUUCGGAGGGAGGACGGUAAGGUGCUGACUAUGAAGGACACGUGUAAGCCUCUCCUCGUUCCUUGCUACGACCUCAAAUCCUCUGCGCCUUUCGUUUUCUCACGCGCCGGCGCCUCGGAGUCUCCGAGCUUCGACUUCGAGCUUUGGAAAGUCUGCCGCGCCACGUCGGCGACUCCUAGCUUGUUCAAGCCGGUCAAUGUGGUGUCGGUGGACGGGAAGACCUCUUGCUUGGCGGUUGACGGCGGUCUGGUCAUGAACAAUCCAAGCGCAGCCGCCGUCACGCAUGUGCUACACAACAAACGAGAUUUUCCGUCUGUUAACGGCGUCGAUGACUUGCUCGUCCUAUCGUUAGGAAACGGUUCGUCCUCCUCUCCUGGAGGGAAACUCAGGCGUAACGGUGACUGUUCCACGUCUUGCGUCGUGGACAUUGUGACUGACGGGGUUUCCGAUACCGUCGACCAGAUGCUAGGGAACGCUUUCUGUUGGAACCGUACGGACUACGUUAGAAUCCAGGUGAGCGGUUUAACGAGAGGCGGAGAGGGGGUUGUGGGGCCGAGAAAAACGGCGGAGGAGUUGCUGAAAGAGAGAGGUGUUGAAACGGCACCGUUCGGAGGGAAACGGUUACUAUCGGAAACAAACGGAGAGAGAAUCGAGAGUUUUGUGCAACGUCUUGUUGCCUCAGGAAAGUCUACCAGUCUCCCUCCAAGUCCCUGUAAGGAAUCUGCCGUUAAUCCUCUCGCUGACGGCCGUUAAGUUAUUUCUGUCUGUUGUUUUUUUUAUAUUUAUUUUUCAAAGUAACCAUCUUCCCGUGAUAUAAGUUUGUACCGAGUCCCAGGGUUAAUUUUUUUUUAACCCCGCAUCCUUUCUUUAUGUCCCGAGUUUAAUUACUGUAGUAGGUUUUUAAUGAUAUGGUAGUUUAUUCUGAUAUAUAAAGGGCAUUAAAAUAAA